GUUGUUUUAUAAACAUAUUGGUUUUAUGGCAACCGAGAAGUAAAAUAGUGCUAAAAAAUGUGUGACUGAUGAAAUUAUACAACCCAACUUGCCAAAGACUCGAAAUUUGUAAUUUCACACAUUCAUAAAAUUACAUAGAAGUGUUUUGUGAAGGAUGCGUCUGAAGCAAAGAAGCAAUUUUGCCAAGGUUGCUAUGAAGACUAAUCAACAGAGAAUUUCACCUUGGAUGCGCAGAUUUUAAAUAUUUAUCGCGUGGAAUUUUUGAAAAUAGCGCCCCCUAUCUAUAUAAUUAAUAACCUGCGGCAAAGUGUGUGCCCAUGUUGUAUUCAAAAACACGUGAAGAACUUGAACAAUAUUAUUCUCUAAAUCUUGUUUAAUUUACGCCACAUUACGAAACAUCCUUCAAUGCUCAACGAUGUCGUCGAACGCAAAGCUAAAGGAAGCUUUUGAACCGGAGGCAAAAUUUGGCGCAUUCUUCUCCGGCGGUCAUAUCGAAUGGCGCGACAAGCAUCUUUAUUGCCAAACCCAAACACAUAUCAACAAGGUCAAUGUAGAUACUGGCAUUGUAGCAACAGAACUUGCCAAAGAAUCAGAAGAACUAGAAGAUGAUCCUAUUCUCACAUUCACAACUAAUAUAGAGCAUACAAUAACAGCACACAAGAGUGGACUAUUUAAGUUAUGGAAUUCUUCAAAUGUUCUAGAAAAGCAGUGGAAGUGCAUCCAUAAAGGUCCAGUUGCAACACUCUGCUUACAAAAUAAUCUCCUGCUUAGUGGAGGAUCAGAUGGUGUUGUCAGAGUUUGGGACAUGGAACAUCAUGCAUGCAUUGCAGCAUUAAAAGAUGCUGUGGGUGUUAUAAAUGUUCUCACAAUGCAUAAUGAGCAAAUAUUUGCAUCAGGAGAUGAUGGAAACAUAGUUGCAUGGGAAAAAGAUGCAGUAAAACUAAUUUAUUCAGGACAUUUCAGCAAGGUGACUUGUAUUAUGUUCAGCAAUGAUGGCGAAUACUUUGUUAGCUCUGGACGAGAUAAAGUCUUGAUUCUGUGGCGAUUGAAUGACAGCCAUGCGGUACGCACCGUGCCGGUGUAUCAGUCCAUCGAGGGAAUUAUUAUGCUGCCGACAAAUACGGUAAUCCCGACGGGUAACACCAUCGAUCCGGAUGGAAUUGUGGUCGCAUGCGCUGGCGAAAAAGGCACGAUUUCAUUAUGGGAUAUGAAAACAUCCAAAGAAUUAUAUAAACAAACAAACUCGUUGAUAAGCCCUGCAAAAACCGAAGGUUCCUUAGCUGUUACACAUCUUCUCGUUGACAGCAAUGAUGCCAAGCGUACGGAACUGGCGUUGGUCUCCGUUGAGCACAACAUCAUCAUCCACCAUACGAAAUCAUUCGCAAUCCUUAAACAACUCAUCGGUUUUUCGGAUGAAAUACUGGAUAUUGCGUUCUGCGGCCAGAAGAAUGAAUAUACUGCAGUGGCGACGAAUAGCAAUGAUAUUAAAUUAUACUGCAGUGCUACUAUGAACUGCCAGCUGCUGGUAGGUCACACCGAUAUUGUAAUGGCUGUAAGCGUAGCACCGUUCAAUCCGCAUUUGUUAGCGUCCAGUAGCAAAGAUAACACUGUUAGGUUGUGGAGCAUCGGCGAUACAUCGAAAUGCAUUGCGUUGGGGAUGCGACAUAGUGCAACCGUAAGCGCGGUGUGUUUCUUUAAUUCGAGCUUUUUCCUCUUUACUGGCAGUCAGGAUAACUGUGUUAAAUUGUGGGAUUUGUCGGGUUUGCCUUGCGUAGACAAACGAUUUGAUAAAAUUUCUCAUAUCCAGGAUUUGAACGCAAGUUACACCGAAAUCGCGCACUCGAAAGAUAUAAACUCAUUGGCAGUGAGUCCGAAUGACAAAUUGUUGGCGUCCUGCUCGCAGGAUAAGACAAUCAAGCUGUGGACGGAGAAUUUAACACUCUUGGGUGUUUUAAAAGGGCAUAAACGUGGCGUAUGGUGUUGCCGAUUUUCACCAAUUGAUCAAGUCCUGGUAAGUUCAUCAGCUGACAGUACGAUUAAACUAUGGUCAAUCACCGAGUUGAAUUGUCUUAAAACUCUUGAAGGCCACGACGCUUCCGUGUUGCGCGUUGAGUUUAUAAGCCAGGGUCGGCAAUUAUUAAGCUGCGGGGCGGAUGGUUUGGUGAAACUCUUCGAUUUGAAGACAUCUGAAUGUGUUUUGACAUUGGAGGAGCACGACGGACGCAUUUGGUCGCUUUGCAUGUCCGAGGAUGAGUCGGCAUUCCUCACCGGUGGUUCCGAUUCGCUGCUUAUCAGAUGGAAAGAUGUCACCGAGGACAAGCGGUUGGAGAAAUUAAAACAGCUUGAGCAGGAGACAAUAGACGAGCAACAGCUGUCGAAUUAUUUGCAUCAGGAUCAACUGCUGAAAGCUUUCAAGCUUGCUUUGAAGCUGAACAAACCAUACACCGUGUUGAAGAUUACCCAGGGCGUGAUUAAGAAAGGGCAGAAUCUAGCAGAAACAGUGGGAGGAUUAAAUAAUUACGAGAAGGAGACACUGCUGAAGUGUGCGAGCGAUUGGAACACAAAUAGUAAGAAUUGUCAGGCAGCGCAGUUGGUGUUGAACAUCCUCAUGCUUCAGAUACAAGCUGGUUUGUUUAGACCUACGAAUCUAGCGGCGGUCAUCGAGGGCAAUUUGGGCUACACACAGCGGCAUUAUAAACGAUUGACACAACUGCAGCAGGAUCUGCAAUUUAUUGAUUAUACUCUCAUGUGCAUGCAACCAUUUAAGGCAUAAAGUUGACUUUAUUUUGCAUAGA